AUGGCUUCCAUAGACUUCCCGGCCUAUGGAAGUCUAUACUUCGCAGAUGCGCCGCUAGACUCAGACUCAAAGAUUCCCUUUGAGCAGGGCUUCUGUGUGGGACCACAUUGCAGUCCGGUUUUCUGGAACCGAAAUCCAGGGGAACAUGAACUCUACUGUGGCCCAAGCCCCAAUUGCGGACCUUGGAGAGAUCUCACAAGUUAUUAUCGAGGUUUGAUAGAUACCGGUUUUUCUCGUUUGCCCAAAGAAGCCGUCAAUGAUCGCAAGCUUCUCCCAUAUCAAGGAUCAAUUCAAGAUCACAUCCGUAUAUUGAAAAUAAGUCGAGAGGUAAUACAAAAGUUGAUUGAAGAUAAACGCAUUCAGGACGCUGCUACACCAGCUCUGCUUCACCCGGAUUUUCACAAGAGGAAUAUCUACGUCUCUGCCGAAGAACCAACCGUUAUUACUGGCCUGAUAGAUUGGCAAUCAACCAGCAUUAAGCCCGCUUUUAUGUAUGCCAAUGAGAUACCUGAUUUCGCUGCACUCCCAAGGAUCCCCGAGGAAGAUCCACUCGAAAAUGAACAAAAUGAAACGGAAAUUUUUGGACAAAAGGAACGAGAAUUAAAAGAUGCAUCUGUCUGUUAUCAGACAUAUGAUGUGGUCAUGACAGCCCUUGUUCCUAAGCUUCGUCCUGCAAGAUUACUUGAUCCGACUCUUUUUCGACUCUUCCACUACUGUCACACAACUUGGAGAGACUCCGCUGUCGCUGUCCGCCAAGAGUUAAUUGAGCUUUCAGCUCGCUGGGUGGAACUUGGGCUAGAGCGCUCGUGUCCAUAUUCCCCCACAGAAGCGGAAUUGAAGCAGCAUGCUCAAGACUAUGAAGAUUUUGAGGCUGUUCAAGCACUCAAGUCAUGGCUAAGAGACAACCUUGAUACAAAUUCUGACGGGUGGAUCCCGAAUGAUGUAUGGGACACUGCGAGGGUUGCUCAUCGCACAGCGUAUGAUGAAUGGAUACAGACUGCCAAAGAAGCCGAGUCGCGUGGCGAAGAUAUGACAGUAGCAAAGGCGGACAAGAUGUGGCCAUUUGAUGCUAGAUAG